AUGCGGUUGGACACGUUACAAUACGAGGUUCCGGUGCGCCUUCCCAGCCCGGAGAACGCAUGCACGCCGCUGCAAGGCAGCUACGCAGGCAGUGUUGUAAUUGUGGACCUGAAGCAGACCGCCUGCACAAACACCACAAUUGCGUUCAAUAUCGUCAAGGCCGGUGCGGCUGCCAUCCUGUUCGUGCACCCGGACAACGUAUUUGUUGAGGCCUCCAUGUAUUUGAAACCUACUGGGUUCGCAUUGCCAACAAAUUCCCUCAUAUCCAGGGCCCAAGGUUUAAGGGUAAUUGACGCCUUGAAGAAUAUCUCGAAUUCUAACUUCUCCGCGACAAGCGUCGACUACCCCAUCAUUAACCUAGGCAUCGACAGCAUCGCGCAAUUCUCCGGAACUGGUCCACUCUAUGACGGACGCAUUAAGCCUGACAUCGUGGCGCCCGGUACUGGGAUCGUCUCGGCGUUUGGCUCAUAUAUGUAUGAGGCUGCGACAGCUUCCACCUGUGACCGCAAGACGUUGAAGAUGUCGGGUACGUCGUCAUCUACACCUCUGGUGUCAGGCCACCUUGCUCUCGCACGUCAGUACUUUAGGGAUGGGUUCUACCCGUCUGGGAGCGCCUCAGACCCCUUGUCGAUUCCAUUCGAGCCGUCGGGCAUGCUUCUCAAAGCGGUCGCCAUCACUGGCGCAAAAUCUCUGGCGGGCGGCCUUGCGACGAACGUGGGGAGCGUCAUGGGUCAGGCGCCGGACGGCCUGCAGGGCUGGGGCCGUUUUGACCUGAGCAGCGCCCUACCGCUGGUGGGCUUCACCAAUCCGAACUUCCGCAUUGCAGUCGCUGACUACGGAACAAUCCAGGAUGGCGAGAUGAUCUAUCUGCCGGGAAUCCGCGCGACCGGCACCGGGCCCAUCAUCGCCACGCUGGUUUGGCACGAUUAUCCCGGAAGCGGCAUGACUACACGCGACCUGAUCAACGACCUCGAUUUCGGCUACCUGAUAAACUAUCCGAUAAACUACCCCAUCAGCCCCCAGAACAUGACUAGAACCUACAACCGGACGCGUGCAGACAGCGUCAACAACGUGGAGCGCGUGGAGCUCUAUAACCUGCAACCGCGUGACAACGUAACGUUCGUGGUUCACGGUCGCGCCAUCCGUCACUCGUUGCUGACCACACCCGACGCGCAGCGGCCGCAACGCUGGUCCGUCUUGGUGGCAGGUCACUUCACGGGCACGCUAAGGACACCGCUCAACCCGGUGGUUGCCCGUCCCGUACGCGUGCCGGCGGGCAACAUGUUGAUCCAAACGCCGAAUGGCACGUGUCUGACGAUCCGGGGUAUUUCCCUGUUCUUUGACCCCGCGGCGAGUGCAUGCAACUCCACUGCAGCGGUCUUCAACUUCAUUGAAGAACCAGACAGCACCACGGGCGGCUACCUUUACAGGAUUCGCGAGUCUGUGACGGGCCGUUGCCUGGCACUGGGAAGCGGUAAUAUCGGCUUCUGGCCGCAGCUUGGGCCCUGUGGCUCCCUAGUGGCUGGCCAGAAGUUCAUGGUGUUCGCCAAUCCCAACCUUCCUGACGGGCCAUUGUACCAGAUCGUCCCGGAAAUGAACCUGAGCACCACCAUAGACGACCGCCGCUGCCUGGGAGCUGCUUUAUCCAUUCCCCGGCUGUUCAUUGGUUGCGACGAUGGCCAGAUGAUGUCGUUCCGCCUGGACCCCCCCCAGCUGUGGUACCCCUUCCCGCUGACUUUCCGCGUGGACUUCUACCCCGUCACAAUUGACGACGCCAACCACUACGACUACGACUACAACAUUUUGGGCAGCAGCAGUCUGUACAAUCUGGACUUGAAGGUGGCAUGGACCUGGAACGGAACAGAUAAUAUUGCCGGCCUUGGCAACUACAUUGGCUCUGUGGACGCGGCUUCAGUAGCGGGCGCUGUACACGGCGGUGACAACAUCAUGUACGGCACCAUGUACGAAGAAGUUCACUGGCAGCUGGGAUACACGCCCCCGCCCACCACCUACUACGUUUGCGUAGCCUGGCGGACCUCGGCAAUUAUGAAUCAGCUGCGUGUUACCUUAACGGUAUUCAAGAACAAUCCUGUCGCGACUCUUACAAAGAUUGUUGAUACGGGAUUGUUCAACAUUGAUGGCAACACUUGCUCGCCGUCGUCCGUGGGCUACAUCGGCAGCUACGACCUCAAUUCGCCGCCGUCUCUGUCAGCACCGUCACCGUCACCGCCGCCGCCACCGGUGAACAACAUCUACCCGCUGAUGUUCAAGGCAGAUUGGCUAGUGCUUUCCGGUGUAACAGGUCGUGGGAAUACACUUAUCGACAUGGACAUCGUCGUCUCUUGGACCAAUAGAAGCAUCACGUACGAGAUCAGCUACGACUUUCCAAGCAACGGUGGUGGCAAGUACGGCGGCAGUAGCUGGGAUCAGCGUAUCAACACUGAGAACAUCUUUUUUACAUCAAACCCGCCGCAAACCAGAUAUGAUAUUUGCCUGCGGGCUUCGGCCUGGGAAGAGAGGAAACCGGUGUUACAGGCCACCGCGGUCGUAAUGCGGUUUAACAGUAUCGUCGCGACGUUUGUACGGAAAUUGGAUAUGACACCGCCUAUGGACGGCAUGUGCAACAGCAGAGCUGCAGGCUAUCUGGGCAGUUACACGCUGGGACAGGAGCUCAUACCCUCGCCGCCUCAACCCUCUCCAAGGCCUCCCUCGCCACCUUCACCGUCACCCCCACCGCUUCCGCCACAGCCACCGUCACCGCCGCCAACCCCUACACGCAUACCGCCAUCGCCAAGACAACCCGAACAGUUGCCGGGCUCCUCACCAUCACCGCCUUUGAAGCUCCCGCCUCCGCUGCUCUCGCCUCCUCUUCCAUCCGGCGAGACGUGGCUAAAGUGCCCAGACCCUCUUCCGUUUCCAAGCAGCCUAGUAACCCUAUACUUCUGCGUGGCGUGGUUUGACAGCAAAGGCCCGGCCGCCACGGCGGCGUACGAUUGGGACAUGGUCGUGGCUUGGACAGACAACGAGCAGACGUACGAGGUAAACUCAAUUGUUAACAGUACUGGCGGUGCCGUGCACGGAGGCGACAACACCAAUCUAGCCGGCAAUCCAAACGCAGAGGUGGUGUUCUGGCCUAAUGGCCUCGCGGAUGUGAGGCCCGAUGACUACCACGUCUGCGUGCGGUGGUAUCAGCCGGGGGCUCUCAACGUAACGCUCACGGUUUCUCUGGGCCCUACGGUGGUUCAAACCGCAUCAGCUUAUUGGACGAGCAACACCUUCUUCAGCAAGCAAUGCAACCCGGAUGCCAUCGGAUACGUCGGCAGUUACACGUUCACGGGCCGCGGCUAGGUAGACUACAUAGCAGUAAUGGACGCGCAAACAUCAACAUAGCUCAAUACAACGCACCAAACAAUUUCGCGUUCCUUACAAAAAAUAUAUGUUUUACUUCCAGGAGGCUCGAGGGGGCGUUAUUUGAAGGCAUUAUGUCUAUGUUCGUUUGGGCUGGGCAGCUGCUUUCUAGUGUACAGCGAGGGAGGGCCUUGAGGGUACUCAAGCUGCAGCAGUAGUAGUUGUAUAUGUUUGACGAGUAGGACAGCAUUCAGUCAGCAGCAGGCGCGUGUCGCAACUGGCGAACGAAUUGAUGUUUCGAUGAGCUUAUAUGCUUGAUGCAUUACGGAUAGCGGCUCUCAGCAAGAUGCACAUUUCGACAUUCACCGGGACGUCGCUGUUUAAAUAUGCUGCCC